UCUUACACUUUAUCUAUUAGAUUUGUUACUUUCUUAUUUGUGAAUUCUUUCUUUUGUGCAAUGUACUGUCUGUGAUUCCCUAAAGAUUUUUGUAUAGGUAUCUAGGAGAUGUUUUCUUUUGUUUUCAGCUGAUUAUCAUGCCUGUUUACUACUAGUAGAUUAGUAGUGUGCAUACUUUUUUCCCUUAAACACCUUCAUUCCUUUUUAAGUUUUGAUUGGAAAAGAAUUUAGAACCUCUAAAGGAAGUUGAGAAUUUUCGAUGCUGUCGGUUGGCUUGGAAGUCGGUCCAAUUCGCUCCGCUAUUGUUUCAAAGGGAUGUUCCAUAGUAGAGUAAAAAAUGAUGAAUGGAUUUGGAUAAGAUGAGAACCCUAAUCCGCAGCUUUAACCGCCUCUGAUAGUAUUUUCUAUUAAAAGGUUUUUAUUUGGAAGUGAAGGAGUGGAAGUCAUCCGUGGAGUGUGUCAUGUGUUUCCAAAAGCAGAAGGGAAAAAGAACAUUAUUUCACUCUUCCAAUAAUUGUUAAUAGACAAUCAGUAGUUAGAUUAUGUGUUAUAAGAAAGUUUCUUGGCAGAAUUGAUCCACUUAUCCCUGAAGAGGUAGUCUUUAGUGACGAAUGAGGCGUACCGAGUUUUUUUCUUUACCAGCCAGGUUAUGUCGUGCUUUUCCCCCUCUAUAUUUUUCUCUGCAUAAUGCUGCAUAAAGCUAACAAAAUUACUUUUUGUAGUUGCUGAUGCUUAGAAUUUAAGCAAACUGGAACCAAAUCCUCCACUUGCUUGCCAUCACCUUCACUGCUUCACCAAGUGAUGAAUCAAAAUGAGGCUUUCGGAAUUCCAUCUAAUGCACAGUAGUUCCUUUCAUUACCUAUUGAAAGUAGCACAUGUUGGGUUCCUUUAUCUGAGAUAUCUUGCUGAUUUUAAGACAUUAUGGGCUUGGUAUGAGCCUUAUCUCAAAGAUGAUGAGGAAUUCUCUCCUGGAUCCAGUGGCCAAAUGACGACAAUGGGCGUAUAUGUGCGUGACUUAUUUCUCGGACAGUAUUAUUUUGACACACUAUUACCCCGCAUUCCUGUUCCUGUUAUGCGGACAGCAGUUGCCAAUCUCGAAAAAAUGAAUCUGCCGACCAAACCCUCUGGUUCGAUCGGGGACUCUAGUCGCGGAUCUGAGGAAACCUCCCGUCGGCCACCUUCUGUCAAAGCUUCCCUUUCAGUGUCUUUUGGUCAGCGUGCGCCUCAUCGUGCAUCAACUAGAGAUUCAUCUCCCAUCCGACGUACAAUCGCACCACCACCCUAUGAUAAGGAUGGUGCAGAUGAUUCAAGACGGUCCCCCAGCAUCCGCCGGAGUCAAAGUCGUGAUAUAUCUGACCGAGAAAAUUCUGAAAGGGACAGGGGCCGAGACAGAGAGAGGGAGAAGGAAAGACCUAGGGACAGAGACCGUGAUAGGGAUAGGGAUAGGGAUAGGGAUCGAUAUAGGGACCGGGACCAGGAAAGAGAAAGGGAGAGGGGUAGGGAUCGGGAUAGAGAUAAGAGGUAUGAUUAUGAGGGAGAUCGUGAAAGGGAUAGAGACAGGAGGUAUGAUUAUGACAGAGACCGGGGAAGGGAUAGAGACAGGAGGUAUGAUUAUGAUCGAAGUUCAAGAGAGAGAAGCAGAAGAGACUAUGAGAGGAGCAGGAGCCGGAGUAGGAGUCGAAGCCACAGCCGAAGUUUGCAUGAUCUAGGGACCAGUCUUGAUCAACAUCGAACUCCACCUAGAGAUGAAAGCAAGGAAAAGAAGGCUGCAUCUAGCAAUCUUGCGAAGCUUAAAGAUCUAUAUGGGGACUUAGGCAAUCAAAAGGAGAACGUAGGCGGCGAGAGAGCUCCAAAUAGGGAUACAAGUACUGAGGAGGUUAUCAGACUUGGUGGUUCAUGGAGGUAGUUGGUCGCAUUUACGUACUCUUUUUCCCAUCGCGAGAAGAGAGUACUGUCUCUCACUCUAUUACCUGCACAAAAGAGCACGUUGUCGGCUAGACUUUUGUCAAAGGGGAAUAUGCAAACUAGUAGCUACAGAGAGGACAUGUUGUAUCAUGAUUGUGCAGUUGAGCAGAGCUGCGUGUAAGCUGGAUUUACUUUACUAUUUUAAACGUAUGUUACAUUAUUGGAUGGAUUUCAGAUUUCCCUUUGUUGUUCAAACAUUAUUACUAUGUUAGACAGAUACAGCUAACUCAACUAAUUAACUCUAUCAGAAAACUUAUUCUGACUGAUGAUCGCAGGAUUUGCUCUGUUC